UAGGACACAGAAUAAAGUGAAGCACAGAGGGGAGAGACAGUGAGGAAGGGCAGGCAGCAGUAAAUCAGCAGAGUGGGGGCACUGCCAUUCAUUGCAGCAGAGCCAUACUGCAGGGUAAAGGAGGGGGGAUCCUGGGCCAAAUUGGGGGAUCCAGGACUGCAGCAGGGGAGAAGAGGACACUGCUUCCAGGUGCAGCCACUCAUAAGGGCACCAGCCCUGGACUGGAGGCAUGAGGAGCUGCUGGCAAUGCAAGAUCCAGGAAGAUCACUGAUCUGUGGGAUCACCGUCUACUGAGGGAUCACUUGUAUGCAUCUUUGGAUCUGAAAGGCUCUCCUGCACCUGGGUCUUCUGAGAGGACAAGUUCUGGGGUCACUGGGAAUGAGGCUGCUGGAGUGGACUUGCCUGGCACUGCUGCUUGUGUACCUGCCAGGGUUUUCCAGUACUUCGGAGUGUGCGUGUGGGCGAAACCACUUCACAUGUGCAGUAAGCGCGUUUGGAGAAUGCACAUGUAUCCCUGCACAAUGGCAAUGCGAUGGUGAUAAUGACUGUGGGGACCACAGCGACGAAGAUGGCUGCAUGUUACCCACCUGCUCUCCUCUGGACUUCCACUGUGAUAAUGGGAAGUGCAUUCGUCGCUCAUGGGUGUGUGAUGGGGACAACGACUGUGAGGAUGACUCAGACGAGCAGGAUUGUCCUCCCAGAGAAUGUGAGGAGGAUGAAUUCUCCUGUCAAAACGGAUACUGUAUCCGAAGCCUGUGGCACUGCGAUGGGGACAAUGACUGUGGAGACAACAGCGAUGAGCAAUGUGAUAUGAGGAAAUGCUCAGACAAGGAGUUUGGUUGCUCUGAUGGAAGCUGCAUUGCCGAACAUUGGUUUUGUGAUGGUGAUGCUGACUGCAAGGAUGGAUCUGAUGAGGAAUCUUGUCCCUCUGAUGUUCCAGCCCCAAGCUGCAGCACAGAAGAAUUUCAGUGUGCCUAUGGACGAUGCAUUUUAGACAUUUACCACUGCGAUGGCGAUGAUGAUUGCGGAGACUGGUCCGAUGAGUCCGACUGCUCAUCCCAUCAACCGUGCCGCUCUGGGGAAUUCAUGUGCAACAGUGGACUGUGUAUCAACUCAGGCUGGCGCUGUGAUGGGGACGCAGAUUGUGACGAUCAGUCCGAUGAGAGGAACUGCACGACUUCAGUGUGUACAGCUGACCAGUUCCGAUGCGGCACAGGCCGAUGUGUUGGAUUGUCCUGGAGAUGUGACGGUGAAGACGACUGCUCCGAUAAUAGUGAUGAGAUGGGAUGUGAAAAAACUGGAGCUCCACAAUGUGCUCAGGACCAGUUCUUGUGCAGUAAUGGCCGCUGCAUCGGACAAAGGAAACUGUGCAAUGGAGUGAAUGACUGUGGCGAUGGCAGCGACGAGAGCCCACAUCAAAACUGCAGGCCCCGCACUGGAGACGAGAACUGCAACCACAACAAUGGUGGCUGUGCUCAAAAGUGCCAGACCGUGCGGGGGCUCGUGCAGUGUACCUGCCAGACUGGGUACAAGCUUAUGGAAGAUGGUCGAUCAUGCCAAGAUGUAAAUGAAUGCGCAGAGGAAGGGUAUUGUAGCCAAGGCUGCAGUAACACAGAAGGCGGCUUCCAGUGCUUUUGUGAGUCGGGAUAUCAACUACGGCCAGAUAAACGUAGCUGCAAGGCUUUGGGGCCAGAACCAGUUCUGCUCUUUGCCAAUCGGAUUGACAUUCGGCAAGUUCUGCCUCAUCGUUCUGAGUAUACGCUUCUUCUUAAUAAUCUUGAGAAUGCCAUUGCCUUGGAUUUCCACCAUCAACAGGAGUUGGUCUUCUGGUCAGAUGUCACGCUGGAUCGUAUCAUGAGUGCCAACCUGAACGGUAGCAAUGUGCAGGAGGUGGUGUCCACUGGUCUCGAGAGUCCAGGGGGUCUGGCCAUUGAUUGGAUCCAUGACAAGCUGUUUUGGACGGACUCUGGAACCUCUCGUAUUGAAGUGUCUAAUCUAGACGGGACUCAUCGUAGGGUCAUCCUUUGGAACAACCUGGAGAAACCUCGAGCCAUAGCUCUGAAUCCAAUGGAAGGCACCAUCUACUGGACAGACUGGGGUAAUACACCUCGUAUUGAAUAUGCCAGCAUGGAUGGCUCAAAUAGGCGCGUGAUUGCUGACACACAUCUCUUUUGGCCCAAUGGACUGACCAUCGAUUAUGCUGGGAGACGAAUGUACUGGGUUGAUGCCAAACACCAUGUCAUUGAGAGAGCUGAUCUUGAUGGAUCCAACCGCAAAGCUGUGAUUAACCAAGGGCUUCCUCACCCAUUUGCCAUCACAGUCUUUGAGGACAGUCUUUAUUGGACCGAUUGGCACACUAAAAGUAUAAACAGCGCCAACAAGUUCACUGGCAAGAACCAGGAGGUGAUACGAAGCAAGCUGCACUUCCCUAUGGACAUCCAUACCCUGCAUCCACAGAGGCAACCUGCAGGAAAGAACCGCUGUGGCACUGAUAAUGGAGGCUGCUCCCACUUGUGUUUGCCCAGUGGAGACAUAUUUUCUUGUGCUUGCCCCACUGGUUUCCGAAAGACUGGAUCCAAGACCUGUGCACUAAGUCUUGACAAGUUCCUGCUUUUUGCCCGAAGGACGGACAUCCGGAGGAUCAGCUUCGACACCAGCGACUUUUCCGAUUUUGUCAUCCCACUGUCCAAUGUACGCAGCGCCGUUGCACUGGACUGGGAUUCUACUGAUGACUACAUGUACUGGACAGACACCAACGCAGACUCCAUCAACCGUGCAAAGUCUGAUGGUAGCGGCCAGGAGGUCAUCAUAGAGACCAGCUUAGAAAGUCCUGCAGGGUUGGCUAUAGACUGGGUGACACAGAAACUAUAUUGGACAGAUGCAGGGACUGACCGAAUAGAAGUAUCUAAUACAGAUGGCUCACUACGCAGUGUACUGAUCUGGGAGAAUUUAGACCGACCAAGGGAUAUUGUGGUGGAUCCAAUAGGCGGGUUCAUGUACUGGACAGACUGGGGAGCCAAUCCUAAAAUAGAGCGUGCUGGGAUGGACGCCUCUGGACGUAUGGUCAUAAUCUCUUCCAAUCUUACCUGGCCCAACGGACUGGCAAUUGAUUAUGAAUCCGAGAGGCUGUACUGGGCUGAUGCUGGCAUGAAGACCAUAGAGACGGCAAAACUUGACGGUGCAGACCGUACGGCACUCAUUGGAACAGACCUCCCUCAUCCUUUUGGUCUGACCCUCUACGAAGACCGAAUUUACUGGACAGACUGGCAGUCUAAGAGUAUUGAGAGCGCAGAUCGAAAGACUGGCCUUGACAGGAAAACAGUGAGAGAGAAUUUGGAGAAUCUUAUGGAUAUUCAUGUGUUUCACCGCCAGCGACCCAAAGUUCACUCGGCUUGCUCCAUAAACAACGGAGGCUGCAGCCAUAUCUGCCUUCUAUCUCCCCACCCGAAAGGCCACAGCUGUGCCUGUCCCACUGGGGUAAACCUGCAAGCGGAUGGCAGAACCUGCUCCUCAGGCAUGGACCGUUUCCUUAUCUUCGCCAGGAGGACAGACAUCCGCUCAGUUUCUUUGGAUAUCCCAUAUUUUGCAGAUGUUGUACUUCCAAUAAAUGUGACCAUGAAAAACACAAUUGCUGUUGGGGUGGAUCCUGUUGAUGGAUUGGUGUAUUGGGCGGACAGCACGCUUCGUAAAAUCAGUAGAGCGGCACUUGAUGGAUCGAAUCACCAAGAUAUAAUAACUACAGGUCUGGUGACCACAGAUGGUCUGGCAGUGGAUGCAAUAGGGCGCAAAAUAUAUUGGACAGACACUGGAAGCAAUCGAAUCGAAGUGGGAAAUUUGGAUGGUUCAAUGAGGAAAGUGCUUGUUUGGCUAAAUCUGGGAAGCCCCCGAGCAAUCGCCUUGUAUCAUGAAAUGGGAUAUAUGUACUGGUCAGACUGGGGAGAGAAUGCCAAGCUGGAAAGAGCAGGAAUGGAUGGUUCAGACCGGAAGGUGUUGAUCAGUAUGAACUUGGGGUGGCCCAACGGACUAGCGGUGGACAAAGCUGGUUCUCAACUUCUUUGGGCUGAUGCACAUACAGAGAGAAUAGAGGCCUCUGAUCUAAUGGGAAGGAACAGACGCAUCUUGGUAUCUCCAGUCCAGCAUCCAUAUGGUUUAACUCUCCUUGGAGCACAUAUAUACUGGACAGACUGGCAAACGCGUAAAAUCCAAAGGGCAGAUAAAGACACCGGGGCAAACGUUAUUGUGGUCAGAGACAAUCUGCCCGGGCUGAUGGACAUUCAAGCAGUAGACCGGACUCAUGCUUUGGGAUACAACAAGUGUGGGGAAAAAAAUGGUGGGUGCUCCCACCUCUGCCUUCCAAACCCCGUCAGCUACUCCUGUGCCUGCCCCACCGGUAUACUGCUGAAGGAUGAUGGUAGAACGUGUGACCCGUCCCCUGAUACCUACUUGCUCUUCUCCAGCCGCGAUUCCAUCAGACGCAUUUCUCUGGACACAGAGGACUACACUGAUGUCUAUGUCCCCAUUAAAGGACUGAACAAUGUGAUCUCUUUGGAUUUUGACAGCGUAGAAGACCAAAUCUACUACACUGAUGUUUUCCUGGAUGUAAUCAGGAGAGUGGAUCUUGAAGGAAUUGCUAUGGAGACAAUCAUUGGUGAGGGGCUGAAGACCACGGAUGGUUUGGCUGUGGACUGGGUAGCAAGAAAUCUAUAUUGGACAGACACUGGUGCAAACACCAUUGAGGUGUCACGGCUGGAUGGGAGAUACCGGAAGGUUCUGAUCAACAACAGCCUAGAUGAGCCUCGAGCUAUUGCUGUGUUUCCAAGAAAAGGUUAUUUAUUCUGGACUGAUUGGGGUCAUGUUGCAAAAAUUGAGAGGUCUCACUUGGAUGGUUCGGACCGCAAAGUCCUCAUUAAUACGGAUCUUGGGUGGCCCAAUGGACUGACUUUGGACUAUGACACCCGUAGAAUUUAUUGGGUGGAUGCUCACUUGGAUCGCAUAGAAAAUGCCGAUCUAAAUGGCAAGACCCGUCAAGUGCUCGUCAGUCAGGUGUCUCACCCCUUCGCACUCACCCAGGAGGGCCGCUGGAUCUACUGGACUGACUGGCAGACAAAGUCCAUUCAGAGGGUGGACAAAUACUCGGGAAGAAGUCAAGAAACCAUUUUGGGUAACAUGGAAGGACUGAUGGACAUCAUUGUGGUGUCUCCAUUGAGACAAACCGGUAGCAACCCGUGUGGAGUUAAUAAUGGCGGUUGCUCCCACCUUUGCUUCGCUCGAAGUUAUGAUUUUGUCUGUGCUUGUCCAGAUGACUUGGUGAAUGAAGUCUGUUCAACCAUUCCUGGAUUUUUACCUUCACCUCCUCAUCCAACAAACAAUAGCGAGAAAAUCUCUGGCCCAUCCAGUCCUAACACCCAGGGUGAGCGAGCAGACAGUACACCAGGUGUGACAUCAGUAAGUUGCUCAGACGCUGAGGCAUCACUAGGACUGUGUACUCACAACGGAGCUAUCCCAGCCAGUGCAGGGGAAAAGCUGCGUGUACCUCACAUCAUCGCUGGAUCACUGUCUCUCUUGUUCCUACUCCUUUUGAUCUGUGCUCUGCUGAUUUACAGGCAUCGUCGGGCAAAGCUGUCAGACCCAGCAUUGGGAACACUGACGUACAGCAACCCUUCCUACCGCACAUCAACACAGGAGGUGAAAAUUGAGGCUGUGCACAGGCCAGGGGCUUGUCAUCUGCAAAGGCAUCGCAAGGAGGUUGUCUCCGACAAUGGUUUUACCAAAGAGAAAAUCCGAAUCUUGGAGGGCUUUGGCUUACUGUCUGGGGAAGAGAGUGAGUGGGACGAUCUCAAGCAGGUGAAGCCAUCUCGAGGCAGCAUCCUUCGAGACCACGUGUGCAUCAAGACAGACACGGUCUCUUUACAAGCCAGUACUGCUUCUCUUGACCUGACAGAGACACAACAGUUGCUUCAAGAAGAACAGUCUGAGACGGGCAGUGUCACUCUCCCACCAAGCCCUGAACGGAGAGUCUCCUUACCAGAUACCGGCUGGAGGGGAAGGCACUUGCCCUCCACGGAGAGUGAUGUUUGAGGCACCAGAGGACAUGAGAACAAGGCUGGAGGAGGCAUAGGUCCUGUUUACCCCUCCCCAGUACUAUUCAACUAAUCAGGAGUCUACGUCUCUUCCUUGAGCGCUCGGCUCUGCUUCCUUACACUUGGAUAAAACUGGACUCCUCAAAGGUCUGUGACCGAAUACACGUGAAGGGCAAGACUUGGCAUUAUUUGGUACAUACCCUUCCUGUGUGUCUCCGUGUUUUGGCUGCUCCAUUCACCUUGUCUGAUCGGGGUGAUCUUAUCUCUUUGUUAAGAGCACACAGAUGAGAUGUUGUCACGUACCAGCGCUCUUUCGAGGCAAAGUGCUUUGUCUUGUAUUCGUGUAGGUUGUUUUUAAAACUGUCCGGGGGUUAUCUCCAAAAUAAAAAAAACAUCACCGCUUAGUGAUUUACUGACACGCAGCAUUGCCUUGCAUUAAUAAUUUGGACAAUACUUCAAUAUUUGCCAAAUGGUAUUCAGCCCCCCCCCCCCCCCCCCCCCCUCCUUCCACCUCUGUGCCAAGAUCACUCGGGAACAUAAGAUAAUGACUAACUCACUUCUGCUCACACCACCUGCAAAGUCACCGGAACUGAACAUGGAUCUGCAGGCCCCCGUCGGCACAGAAAGGGUUAAGCACUGAUCCGCGCGGGUUUUAAAGAUAAAUUCUAAUUUUUUUAUACUAAGCUGGAACAAAAAACUGUCCGCAGCAAGUUGUUUAUUUUGUAAUGUUUUUUAACAAGGAUUUCUGGAUGUUUUUUUUUUUUUUCUAUUUUAUUUAACCUCUGUAUUUUAGACUUGUUGUGAUAACUUAAUAUAAAGAUAGAUUUUCUUA